GGGAGGGGGGUCCGUGGUCACGUGACCGAGCUGCGUUUUGAGCGCACUAACCAGGUACGAACAAAUUCGUUGUUUUUUUCGUGGUUUUUCGCGCGCCACGGCCGAAAAAGCCGAGGCGUCGUGAAUUUCGCUUGUUUCUGACUCCGGACGUGUCCUUUGAGUACGCAAACAACGCUUAUAAUAACUGUGAGUUACUUGCAAAUACUUUGACUCGAUCGUCUUACGGAGAUCUAUCGAUGCUCCACCGCGGCGAUGGUUGACAAGCCUUCUUCGCAAAAGCAGAAAUGGCGUCUACCGUGCACAUGGUCUGCAGAAAAUAUUCUACAUCAACGUCGUAGUACUGAUUCAGGAGUAUAACAUUCUACACGGCCAAUUUCUUUAUCAUCCAUUUGAAGAAUUUUCACAACUCGCUUACAAACAACAACACAACGGACAAGACUGUAAAUAGAGAGUGUAUAUAGUGUGAUAAGUGAGUGAUAUAGGUGUGUGGGAUUUUAGUUGGCAAUGAGUUCAAGCAACAAAUCGGUGUCCUCCGGUGGGAGAGGCACCAAUAAAAAUAAAUCACAACAGCAUGGAAAAUCAGAUCAUCAUCAAACUAAAUCAUCGGAUUCAAUAAAACAUGAAAAAAUGCAGCCAAACACUGUUCAGAUGCGGCAUGCACAAAUUAUUGACACUAGAAUGGGUAGUGGUGAAGAUCCUAUUUUGAAAGAACGUAUAAAACAAGUUAUGGAUAUGACUAGACGGUCAGAAGACGAAGUUGUUAUGGCUUUACAUGAUAGUGAUGGAGACUUGGAUCGUGCAGUUAAUGAUCUUUUGGAAGGAGUAAAAACAGAAUGGGAAGUGAAAAAAAAGAAGCCUCGUCAACCUAGUGGUUCAAAACAAAGUAUGGAUGCUUCUGGUGGUCAAGAUGAAAGUAGUGAUUGGGAUGAAAGGCGUAAUCAACGAGGAGGUGGUCCUCCCCGUAUGCGAGGUCGUGCUAAUCAUGAUAAUCGUGGAUGGCGUGGUCGAGAAAAUAAAGAAAAUGAAAGAAAUAUGGAAGAUGGUGUUCGUGAUGGUAGUUAUAGUAGUAAUAGAAGGGGUAGAGGUGGCCCAGGCAGACCUGGUCGAGGAGGACGAGGUGGAGGAAGAGGACUUGGUCCUCGAACAUUUGCCAAUCGAAAUGAUCCAUCAUCCGCUUCAUCAACUCAUAGUUUUAAUCGAUCAAUUGAUACAUGGACAGGUAAUGAAGAACAACAACAAACUACUCAAGAACCAAAAAUGGAUGCAUGGAAUAAUUUGGAUUCUGCAGAAGACUGGGAUAAUGAAGAAUAUACAGGUUCAUUGGCAGAUACAAAAGUUUUUACACCAAGCACUUCUAUAACUGAACCUACAUCUUCUACAGAAGAACCUAAAACUCAGGAUCGACAAACAGUACAAUCAAAUCAGAAUGUAAAUUUAUCAUUACUACAACAGGAAGAAUUACCAAAAUUGUCAGAAAUACCACCAAUACAGCAACAAACUUUAAUACAACAAACACAGCAACAACAGCCUAUAUUAAGUUUACCAGCAAUGCAGUUAUCACAACAACCAAAUGCUAUAAGUGGUGGAGUAUUAACAGCUGCCCAAACACAGUAUUUAACACAACUUACCCAACAAACAAGUGAAAAUUUGAAAGCUGCUGGACAAAAUACAUUUUCCUCUUCGAUAUCCAAUCAACCUCAAAGACAGACAAAACAACGUCCAAGGGUUCCACCUCCAUCGAAAAUACCAUCUAGUGCUGUAGAAAUGCCUGGAGAUGCUGUGAAUAGUGGCAUUGGAUUUCUUGAUGUCCAAUUUGGUGCACUUGAAUUUGGUAGCGAUUCAAGCUCUCUUGAUGGUUCUGCAAAUGAAAAAUACAAUUCAGCUAGUAAUACAAUAACUGGUGUAGAUGUAUCUUCUACUAAUACUGUAAACACUGCCAAUACAAAUAGUUCUUUGGAUAUUGAAACAACGCAACCAUCAUCAACAACACCUUUCAAUACUACUUCGCAAAUGUUAUCAAAUAGCGACAACUUACCAGUAUCAAGUGAACAUUCGAUAAACGCUCAAACAUUCACUGCUCGUGGUAGCAGUACUGGACAAACUUUAGAUAUAACUAAGCAAGAUUUUACUUCACAAGUUUCACCAGGAAAUGCUCCCUAUGGUACAACUACAACUUAUCAAUCUCAAAAGACAUCAUUUCAAACACCUACUGCAACACCAAACACUUAUAAUGCAUAUUCUACAAAUGCUCAAUCCACUCAAUCAUCUUUUCAAACUGCGUCAGGCACGAGUGCUAAUAAUUAUUCUGCAACAGCUACUGUUUCACAAGCAAGUUAUAAUUCUUCAUCAUCAUUUCCUCAAUCUAAUACGUCAACCUUUAGUCAAGCUUCUCCUUCUGCAUCUGCAUCUGCAACUUCGGGUUAUAAUCAACCAACAACUACAAAUCAGGUAUAUCAAUCUGCAAGUGGAUAUGUACCUACUACAACUUCUCAAUAUCAAGCACAGUCUGUAGCCACAAAUACUGUAUCAAAUAGUAAUACAGGCUAUCAAAGUGGAUAUCAAGGAUCGUCUUCAUUUCAAUCGACUCCACAAGCUUACCAACCAUCUGCUACUACAUUUACUUCACCUAUAACUCAAACAUCUGGAGCUUAUCAAAGUGCAGCACAAUCUGUGUAUGCGAGUGCAUAUGGUACAUAUGCCAGUCAACCACAAACAGCAUCUCACAAUCAUAAAUUAAACAAUAAUACUACAAAAGAUUCUCAGUAUGAUAGUAAUGCAACAACAUCAAAUAGUUCUCUUGCAACUACAACAGCACCUACAUUAGGUCUUAGUUCUGCUUCCGUAAAUAGUUCACAAACUAAAGUAACGAAUUCUAAUGCGGUACCGAAAAGUACAUCGAGUGGUGUAGUAACAGGUAGUAGUGGAAGUGGAAAUAUGACAGGUGGUGCAGCUGGUAAUAUGACACCAAUGCUAAGUCAUCAAUAUAUUAUGGGCCAAGGUGUACCUUAUGCAUUUCAACAACCAGUAUAUAGUUAUGAGGAAUUGCAACUUAUGCAACAAAGAAUACCGCAUAUGCCAACUACUGGUUACUAUGACGCGGCCUUGGGCUAUCAGACAACCGGCCCUGCUACCAGUCUUGGUGGGGGACGAGGAGAUGCACUCUCUGGUGUACAAGGUGUUCAAGGAGUACAAGGUGUACAAGGAGCCUAUACCAGUAUUAGUGAUGCCAGGUUCGCUAGAAAUGACAGCAAUGCAUCUCCAGUUCCAUCUACUAUGUCACAACAGACUGCUACACAGCAUCAGCAACCAAUGAUGAAUCCUACACUUCCUCCAACAUAUGCAUAUUUUGCAUAUGGUGGUGGAAUAAUGCCAGGUGGCUUUCAAUAUGGAACCCCUGCUAUUUAUCCUCAGAUAGCGACUGCUGGUAACGCGGGUACGAAUAGUGGUGCAUAUAGUGCUAAACCAGGAAGUUAUGGAUCUGGAUAUGGAGCUGGUGCAAGUUAUGAUGCAUUAGCAUCUGCUGGUCCCUCUGCUGAAUAUAAAGGUGCAGGAAGCAGUUACACUAGUACACAAGCUGGUAAAACUGGAACAUCUACUGGAAAUACGAAUACUGGUGGAUCGUCUGCAACCGAUAUAACCGCUACUAUGUAUGCAAAAAGUCAUGUAGCACUUAGUAAAGUGAAUUCUUACGACAAACAAACUUUUCACUCAGCAACUCCUCCGCCAUUUAGUCUUACUGGAAGUCAAAAUGCUGGUUUACCUGGUGCAUAUGGAACACCACAUUUGUUUAUUCCUACUAUGCCUCAUCAAUUACACCAACCACUUCAUCAAGAUGGUGGUAGUAGUACAGGCCAAAGGUCUAAUACAAGUUCUCAAAAUAAAGCCCAAGCAAAACCUGGUUAUAGUCCUAGUUACUGGACUGGAAGUAAUUAAAAAAUUGGACUGCGAAAGGAAAAAGAGAGGGAAAAAAUAAAAAUGCACCAUUUUAGACAAACUACCAUUUCGCCAUUGUGAUACACGGUGGUGUGAAAUAAGGACAUUGACAUAAAUGAUAUAAAGGACACGAGAUAAGACGAUUUUCCUUUUCUUUUCUUUUUUUUUUUUUCUUUUUUUUUCUUUUCCUUUUUUUUCUUUUUUUUUUUUUUUUUUUUUUUUUUUUUUUUUUUUGUGAAACUAAAUGAUUCUAAUAGAAUACAAGUUAAUGUAAAAUAUUAAAUGAAACUUAGAAUAUGGAAGGAUUAAGCAAUUUUUAAAGAUUUUGUGUUUAAUGGCGUGAUAAUAUUUUUCACAUAAAUCUAAUAGCAAUUAGUUAGAAAAAUGUUAUACUCUUUUUAAUUAGUCAUAUUAAUUUCUGUAUUCUUAUAUUUUGAGAUAUUAAGUUGGAUUAUAAAGAAAUCUUUUAAUAUGUUAUUCUACUUAUAAUUCUACAUAAUUCUUUAAUUGUAUUAAAAAGUUUUUGGUGUGUAUAAUGCAAAUAUAUAUAUAUAUAUAUAUAUAUAUAUAUAUAUAUAUAUAUAAUAUACAUAUAUAUAUUUCUUUAAUUUAAUAAAAAUGUAAUAUGCAAAAGAGAAAAAAAGAUAGUAAAAUGCAACAUGAAAAAAUUGCAUAGUUCUUCCAAAUGUAAGGCGCAUUCGUGCCAAAUGAAUUUAUAGCGUUUAUAACGUGUAAAAUCGUGAAAAGAAUGAUCAUACAUAUUUCUCAAGAAGAAGAAGAAGAAAAAGAAGAAGAAGAGGAAGAAAAAGAGGAAGAACAGAAUUAAUUGUGAUUAAACGCUAUAAAAAAAGAAAAUCAAGAUUUGUGAGUAGCUCUCGUGUGAAAUAUUGAAAAGAUGAUCUAGAAGAGUAAUUGACUGUUAAAUUUACUCCCGAUCUCCUAUCUGUAUACUACUGUGCAAUUGCGAAUAUAUACUGCAUCGACUGCAAAGGGUGACAGUUUUUUUGUAUGACGUAGGCAUUUCGACUCGUUAACAUCUAAAGUGCUUCUUUACAUGAAAACAAAGCACCCCGUUCGUGAUGAAACGUAAAACUAUGCUAUGUAAAUUACAAUUAUUGUAUGUAUUUAACCAUGGAACAUCAGGUAUAUAAAGUUAUAAUCAUCAUAAUGUUGUCACUUUUGGUAUUUAAAAAUGAAUAUAUAAUCGCACUAGUUUCGCAUUCUUGCGCGCACCCAUUAUAUAUAUAUAUAUAUAUAAUAUAUAUAAUAUAUAUAUAAUAUAUAUAUAAUAUAUAUAUAUAUAUAUAUAUAUAUAUAUAUAUAUAUAUAUAUAAUAUAUAUAUAUAUAUUUGAUUUGGUUGCCUUGCAUUUCUUUUAGUUACCAGAAUUUAUGAACGUUAUAUUUUAUUAACAAAAAGCUAUUAAACCAAAAAGAAGAUACCGUCAUACCAUGUUUUCAAGGAACGUUGAUUUCAAAAUGAGAGCGGUACUUAUUUAAUAUAAAUUAUGUUUAUAAAAAGCGGCGUUGCAGAUUAAACAGUGCCACAAAAUACUAGAAAAAACAAGCAGAAUUCAAUAAUUUUCUUGUGGUGCCUUGAAUAAAAUUCAAAUAAUAGAAUUCAAACAUCUGCUUUUUGCAGGAAUUUCUCACAUAACUUUCUACAAUCCUUUCAUACUGUAAGUUGUAUUAUCUAAAACAUACCUUAUCCUUAUUCAUAUAUUAACUUUUACUAAUUAUUCUAUAUCAUCUAUGUAAUUUAUAUUCUAAGAAAUAAUAGGUGAUGUUUUAGUUUAAUUACAGUUUUAAAAUUUCUGUUUUAUCAGAAUAUUAUUUUAUCCUUUCCAAAUUUAUAGUUUUCAAAGAGAUUCAAAUGAUUUUUGGAAUAAUAAUUAUAUUUAAAUAUGAUGCAUCUAAAAAGAUAUCAAAUUAAUUUGUCAACAAAUAAUUUAUAAUUAUUAUUAAAUAGUUAUGACAGCUUUAAAACUAUAUUUCUGAAAUUUAUUAUAUAAAGAAAUAUAGAAGAAAAUUGAAACACAUAUUAUGAUAUUCUAUUUGAUGUUUACAAAAUGUAUAGUCCAAGUAAUAAUCUUAUGUGGCUAAUUCAUAAUUUUUUCAAUUUUUUUUUUUUUUUUUUUUACUUUUUGCUUUUGAUUCGAAUUCAUUUUUAGGAUCUGCUUAAAAAUUGUAAUAUUUGUUAAUACAUAAAUAAAAUCGAAUUUUAGUUGAUCAAAAUAUUGAGUAUUGAAUAUUGAAUAAGUAUAUAUUAAACAUUAUAUAUUGAUUUCAUUUAAAUAUAUAACAAGAAUAACCUGCACUAUUUGCAUUUUUUAAAUUUGAUACUAAAAUAAGUUUUAAAUGUAACAAAAAAUGUCAAUGUUAGUGUACCGCUAAUAAGUAUUCAUAAUGACUUGUAUUAUUUUAAUUAGAUUAUAAUAAAGAGAAAAGUGUAAUUACCGAUUCCGUCUGGUAAAACAAUAUUCGUACUAUUAAAUUAUUUAUGCUGAUUAAUAACAUAUUGUACAGUUAUAAAAUAAUCAGAAAAAGUCAGUUUAGAAGACGAACACGAGUCACUUCAGAAAACAUACAUUUUUACAUUGUGUAUAGCAAUCAUGACAAAUAAUUCCUAUCAUUAAGAAAUAAACGAAUGAAGUUAUGACGUGAAUAAAGUAUUUACACGAAAUGCUGUUGAAAUUCUUAUAAUUCAGCAUGUGUAUCAUACUUUUCGGAAUAAAUUAUUUUACCGAAAAAUUAUUCGAAAUAACUAUUAACACAAAAAAAAGUAAAUAAAUAAUAAAUUGUAAGUAAUAUCUUGUUAGCAAUUGCAUUAUACAUAUAUACAUAUGGAUAGGAUGGUUUGAGAGUCAUGGGAGACCAAGUGUAGAAUAGUUCUCUCUAGAAGAACAAUAAAAAUGUAAAUCUAUAAUCAUAAAUUAUUAACAUAAUGAUCAAUUUCGUCAACUAAAUGAUUUCUGGAAACAGAUUAUUCUAUCAUCCUAACUAUAUAGGAUAUUUCAAAACUGUAUUGUAUAACGCUAAUGACUUAAUGACUAUAAAAUAUUGUGCUAUACAAAAAAUGCUUUUGAAAUAUAUGUAUAAUUUUAAAUGAUUAUCAUUAGAAUAUCAUGUGUCAUAUGUAUAAUUUUAAAUGUUAUCGUUAAAAUUUGAAUUUAUCAUUUAAUUUUGAAAUUAAUUUAGAAAUUAAGUUUAUUGUUUGAAAAGUUAAUAAAUUUAAAUUUACAUAUUAAA